CACACUCCCCCACGAAGCUAUUGCUAUUUCCAGCCUUCAGCUUAACACGAGAGGCAAACUUGCCAAGUCUCUUCUCGCAUGAAAAAGAGCUACAGGUCAGAACCCUGUUUUCGGGAUAAUAGCGUUUACAGGGCUUAACGAUGAAUCUAAUGCUUCUCUAUGCACCUUAUAAGACACGCUCAAAGACUCCAACCAAUGAGAACUUAUUGGGCACGUCCGCGUGGCAACGUUCAAGCCCUACAUCAAACAACCCUAAGCUCAUCAGCUUAAGUUUCCACGGAUUGGAUACUGAUGCCAAGCUACUACGCUGUCAUGCAACGUUGAAAGAUUUCCGAUGUGGCUUAGGGCACAGCUUAUGGGUAUUCCGUUCAGCCCUACGUCGCAACCUCCAAUUGGUCCCAAGCCCUAGCAAGCCACGCAGAUUCGAUAAAAGAGGAGGGAUGUCUACCAACGGUGUAAGGAAAUGUUCCAAUUGCAACCAUCAAGUAAUGUCCAUAGGGCUGGCUGAAGAAGUUCAGCCAGCCCCAUAUGUAACCAGCAGAUCAAAGCUACCACCGACGUCGAGGCUUAACUCCCCACAGCCUAGCGCGUCUAGCCUAGACGUAUCCAGACCCUCAAAAACGACUCCAUGGCUUGCGGCUGGCAGUUGAUCGUGGCGACACAGCUAGACGAGGAGACAUGAUUUUGCCAGAAGCUGAGAAAGAUAGGAUAAGAUAAAAAAGUUGAAAGCCCGUUAUACAUUCCACCAUUCCCAUUGCCAACUGGCCAAUUUUUUUCUACCCAGACUUACUAUCAAACCAUGUUGACGCUCAAGUUUCUCCACAUACAGGUCGCGCUUUGGACCUGCAUCAACGCUAUUGCGGUGCCCGCGCCGACCAACGCUCUCGUCAACGAGCGCGCCGUGAACUGCAAU